UCUACUCGUCCCAGCCAGGAUGAAGCUUACACUAAGCGCUCUGGCGAUUUUUGUGGCUCUCGUCGGUGUCCUGAGCUUUGUGUUUCUGGUUGUUGCUAUAGGAACUGAUUUUUGGUACAUAAUUGAUGCGUCGAAGUGGGACCACAACUCUUCAGCUCAUCUCAGCUCUCAUUCCGGACUAUGGAGAACUUGCAAUUUAAAAAGCAACUGCUUGCCGUUCGUAAACCCAUUUGGAAAUGAAAACCUAAACAUCACAGACUCCCAGAAGCAACUUCUCAAAAUGCACGGUACAUUUGUGGUGCUGCUGCCUCUCAGCCUGAUUGUGAUGGUCUUCGGGGGGAUGGCUGGGUUCAUCAGCAUCCUGGCCAGGGCGUAUCUGCUGCUGCUGCUGACAGGAUUCAUCUUCCUGUUUGGGGCCCUCAUCACCCUGGCUGGAGUCAGCGUCUAUGUGGCCUACUCAGCCGCAGCCUUCAAAGAAGCUUUGUGCCUGUCGGGCAGGAAGACCCUGGAGAACAUCGACAUCCGGUUCGGUUGGUCCUUAGCUCUGGCCUGGAUCUCCUUCAUCGCCGAAGUCCUUACCAGCCUCGCCUUCCUGCUGGCCUCAAGAAUCGUGGGCCUCAGACGGAGACAAGAGCAAGGAAUAUGAGACCCGUUCUCCAAGGGGAGAAGAUAAUCAACUCUGUGGAAAAAUGAAUCCAAGAGUGAAACACUCUGUGACCGUGGCACCGAGAAACACCCAUUCAACACAGCUGCCACUUUAAAAACCAUCACCAGACAAAUGUUGGUUUUAACAUUUUCUUUUGCUACGACAAACAACUGGGUUUCUCUAAAUUUCGUUUCGCAUUACAUGUAUGUACAGUAUCUGCCCAAUUUGUAGUCAUCUCUUUUUAGAGGGAGAGUAAUAGACGCCCUCACCCCACAGGCCGUCAUGAAGACGUCUUUGACAGGUUCCGGCUUCGCAAUGCCUGGUAAGAGCUCUAGCACACGAUUGGAGGAUCGUUAUCACUGACGUCACCGCAAGCCCGCGGUAAACCUGCACGGAACGGGCUGUCUGACCAAACCUCAGAGAGCCCUGGUCGGUGAAUCACAUCCAUAACCCCCAGGUUCCGAAAACGAGUAGGUAAAUACAUGAGCUAGGCUGAUUUUUAAGAUUGCAAUGCAGUUUUGAAAUUUGAACCUCUAGAGCUUGCAUAAGGGUAUUAAAAUGAAACCAACCGAUACACGCGUAGUCGAUCUAUUGAAAUUUCUUAUUAGAAAACGCCGUCCUAAUUCAGUGGUUCAUGUGGGUAUGCGCCCUCGCCACUGCCGCCUCAGGUCGGCCCCCCACUGCUGGGGACUCGAACCCGGGCCUCCAGCGUCACUCAACAGGGACCCAGCCAGUUGAGCUAAAGGGAAAUCUAGCUCAAGGGAAGGCCCGUGACGUCACCUCGCUGGUAAGCCGGCUCGCACAACCUGUGAUGUCGGCCUUAUGCGUUACACUACACUUCACCUGCUGUUGCUCUAUACGUGUAAUUAUCCUGUCUUGUGCACCAGAACCGAGUGCUUUUCACGACUCGGUUUUUUGAGAAAACAGAUAUAGCUUGGAAAGCGUAAUUAACAGGGAGUUCUGACACUCAUUUUUCAGUGUUGUCGCAUUCGUUUUUAUUAUACAUUAAGCUCAUGGUGUUUGCAGACGAAGGCGCUUCUGCGCUUGAUUGAACACCAGGCAACUGUGAUUUAGAAACACAAGGAUGCAAAUCGCAAUGGUUAUUUCCAUGGAGGAAUGCCACUAGGAGUUUACAAACGAAGGCUAAAAGAUGUGAGCUGAUUCCGCCUCUGUCCGUGGAUCAUGAUAAAACAGCCCGAACGUUUUCAGCAACGUGCACUCAUAGAUGGUUUAAUUUAACAACCACCCUCCUUGCACAUUAACACAUCCAAUGUAUUGUUCAAACAAACGUGACAAUGGAUCUUUAUGUGCCUCAUUUAUUUUUACAUCCUGUUCUUUAGCACAUAAACCUAGUAAAAAAACAAAACAAAUCUGAAACUGCAUUAUCACUCUUUCAGUAACGGAAAUAAGAAAUCGGUUAAUAUGACCCAAGAAAUCAAUUAAAUCAAUCUGUUCUGCUCAUCUGCUUUUAAGGAGCGCAUUCAUAGCUGCUGUAAUAAAUUAAAGACUUUAAAAUAUGUUAGCCAUUAUUUUCGAAAGGAACGCCUACACAGGCCUGUUUACAAUCCUAUUAAACUGCAGAUAUUCCCAUGGGUGUAACUGGAAAAUAAAACCCUAGCUAUCCGCGACGCUUCUCGUUUAAUAAGUUAACAGAAGACCAAGUAAAACAGCAUUGUAAGUGAAAUAAAGGACUGACUGUUGGGUUAGAUUGUACACGCAGAGGGAAUCAAUAGGACAGUUGCACUGUCUGUAGAAACUAAAGCAUUCGACAGGGAUCAACACAGGUCAAAAACGUUUAGUCUCCAAACUCUUGCUCCGUCAGACCCCGAUAUAAAGCCAUUCCCCAUCUUAUUUAAUGGUGUGGACAUAACCGCGGCCGUGACUGAAUUAUGGUGAGGAACGCACGUGACUCGCAUCCGGUGAGUGAGGUCAGCGGGCCAGGUUUGCUGGAAAUUUGUCGAUUUAGUGUUUUUGUUGUCAAAAAGAAGUGACUAGAUUUAAGAAAUUGCACCGUGUUUCAGGUCGUGGCUGUUAUUUUACUCCUCAGCCUCUCCGCUUACGUUUUCCUUUCCUGACUAUUCUCUUAUCUAGUCCUGCUACCAUACAUACAGGACCAACUCCGGAAUCUCCUGAAAAAACAUGCUUUCGGGUUACAUUGUACACGCAGGGAGAAUUAACAUGGCUAUUGCAGUAGAAACUAAAGCACUCGAGUGGAAUCAACACAGGUCAAAAAUUCUCGGAAGCAGGGCGUUUAGUCGCCAAACCCCUGCUCUGACAUAAAACCCUCCCCCAUCUUUUUUUUAAUGGUGCAGGCAAGCGCUGCGGUCGUUCUUCUAUAACAACGACACCGUUACAAAGGUUUUAAAAAUUGAUGUUCCAUGUUUGCCUGAGAGCAGUAUAACAUACUGUACCAUGUGCUGGUGCUGUAAUUUGUUUGCAUAUUUUCCAUGUCCUGGAUAUGUCAUGCAUAUCCGACAUUUCCAAACAGUAAGGCUUUGGAAAGGCGAAAAUACUCUAUGUCCCUGUACUGUGAUGGGACUUUGUUACGGUUCCGUGCAACGUUAAAAGAUCCUUAGUGUGCGGCUUGAGUUUUUAAAGUAGUUUAUUGUGCAAACUACAGAACAGAUCUUUUCGUUUAUACUUUAAUGUCAGCAGUUAAUCAUGGAGAAGGAAAUACACCUUUUGCGUUAUCAACGCAAUGAUCAUCUUUUUAAUCAAAGGCGACGUGAUAGCUGGCAGCAUAUGUUGUGGUCUCCAUCUCUGCCAUAGUACUGCCAUAUCAACUAUGAUACGGCUGUAGCAAUUCCUGAAUACGGUAUAUCUUGGUUAUCUGCCCUUUUCUUUCAUUUGUCUCUGAACGCUCAUUCCUAUCUGCGUAAAACCCCUUUACCUCCACGAUGCAUACUUUGCUAAUAAAUAUUUAAAAAUAUUUCUCCUAGAUAAUGUAGAUGAAAUCCUGCACUUUCUCUCUAAUUGUCCUGUGGAAUCUGUCGGCAGCAUUCAUUGGCAAAGCGCUUAAUUAGAAACCAAGCAUUAGCUGAGUUUCAAAAAGAUGUGGCAGAGUGUGUCAUUUACACUGUUUAUAAAUUCAAAUAAAUUCAAUUUCUCUGUUGAA